AUGAUCACCUUGGCCACGAUCGGUUUCCUGCUGCUGCGGGAGCGUAACAAGUGGCUGCACCACCAGGGCGGCGGGCCGGCCCAGGUGGGCACGCACGUGAUCAGCCAGCGCGACCAGGUUGCCGCGAACCAGGGCGGCGGCGACUACUUCGACUUCAUCCAGGCGGAGGGGGUCGGCUUCGUCCUGAUGUCCGUGAGCAUCAGCGCGCUCGGCUCGAUCCUCGCGGAGCGGAUCUACAAGGGCCGCGCGCUCUGCAUCGGCGAGAACGAGGCGCAGUACGACAACUUCUACAUAAACAAGGUCCACCUGGAUAUUGCGUCCCUCAUCUUCUCCCUUGUCUUGUGGGCAGCCCCGCCGUCCACGGCGAGCAGCAUCCCGCUGGCCUCGCACAGCGAGCAGUGGUUCGGCCCCUGGGGGUGGCACCAGGUCCUGAUGGUGGUCAUCGCCGUGGUCCAGAGCUGGCUCGCAGGGCUGGUGGUGAAGCGCUUCAGCACCGUCUGCAAGGCCAUCGCUCAGACGCUCUCCAUCCUGCUCGCGGGGGUGCUGGGCGACACCGUGCUGAACCGGUACGACUUCUCCAGCAGGGCGGCGCCCACCAUGGCGCUCUCGGUCAUCGUCCUGCUGUCCGCGGUCAUAUUUCAGACUGGCAGGAUCCAGAAGCGAUUCUUCGGGCGCCGGAUGUCUCAAGCCCAG